GGCUUCGGGCACACCUCUACCAUCUCUUUUGUGGAUUGAUAAUUAUUUUCCAACCUCAAGUGAACUUGAUAUCAUCACAACGCCACGAGGGCAACAUAGGUAAGCUCGGAUUACAGACUUCGUCGCGCAUCAUCGUCGAAGUUUGUUUGCUGAGCAGUCGCCAGACAUCUUUUCCCCUUCUUCAGUUCCCUUCUUUUCUCCCACAUUUGUGGUGGUGACGGGCAAAGAUGUCGACCUUCGAGCCGGUUGUCGUCAUUGAUGGCAAGGGCCACCUUCUUGGUCGCCUUGCCAGCAUCGUCGCUAAGCAACUCCUGAGCGGCCAGAAGAUCGUCGUUGUCCGCUGCGAGGCCCUCAACAUCUCCGGCGAAUUCUUCCGUGCGAAGCUGAAGUACCAUGCCUACCUCCGGAAGAUGACCCGAUACAACCCGACACGAGGUGGUCCUUUCCACUUCCGCGCUCCGUCCCGCAUCUUCUACAAGGCGGUUCGAGGCAUGAUCCCCCACAAGACCGCCCGCGGUGCGGCUGCUCUCGAGAGACUUAAGGUCUUCGAGGGUGUUCCUCCCCCGUACGACAACAAGAAGAAGAUGGUCGUCCCCCAGGCUCUCCGAGUCCUGAGACUCCAGCCGGGCCGCAAGUACUGCACCGUUGGACGGUUGAGCCACGAGGUUGGCUGGAAGUACCAGGACGUGGUCGUGAGACUCGAGGAGCGAAGAAAGGCGAAGGGCGCUGCCUACUACGAGCGCAAGAAGUUGGCUCAGCGCCAGCUGUCGGAGGCGAAGAAGAGCGCGAAGGUCGACAAGAAGACGCAGCAGGCCCUCGAGGCCUAUGGCUACUAAAUGUAGCUAUCGGCGACCCUUUUCUGUCGUUUGUGCGUUUUCUCUCUAGAUUGGCGUGGUGGUUUCAGGGCAUCAUCAACUUCAUUUGCGUUGGAAUGGGGAUGGGCAAUGGCUAUUUAUCACAUUGUGUGUCCCUCGGCAGGGACCCUAAAAUAAACACAGACACCCAAUGGAGAUGAGCUUGCAUGGCAUGA